AAAAUUAGUGAGGUAAGAAGUCAUCUCUCUGUUCUCACUCUCUCUCUUUCUUCCAUUGAAGCAUUGGACUGUAGUCUGCACUUUGAUGUCGGCUUCAAUAACUGCUUACACUCCCUUCGUGCCCCUGAAUCCAGAGCCAAAAUUAGGACCAUGUCCUUUCUCUUCAGAUGGAAGAAGAAGCUCUCUCAAUUCACAACCAGAAUAUCGCAACCCCUCCAUUCUCACUACUACUCCACUAACAAACCUCCCUUCCUCGCCGCCGCCGCCGCCACCGCGAGGUACAACUGCAUCCGCGGUGAGGUGGCGGCGCACCGUCGUCUCCGCGAACCAGGUCUACGGUUUCAAGAGCGUUACAAAUGGGACGGAAGCUCCGACGACUACGACCACAUAAGGGCGCAGGUGAACUGCCCUCGCUGUUCCAAGCAAAUGAACCUUCUGUUCUCGACUCGACCCCUGUCAAUCACCGGCGGCGAGACCGGGGUGUACCAAGCACUGAAUUUGUGCCCCAAUUGCAGGACCGCCUUCUACUUUAGGCCCUUCAAGUUGGUGCCUCUGCAGGGUAGCUUCAUUGAGAUUGGUAGGGUUAAGGGGGAGGAUGUGAAGGGGAAUAGUGGAAAAGAUGGGGAGAAGAGUGGGAAAGGGGAAAUGGGUGGCGGGUCGAUUUGGGAGAGGUUAAGGUCGUAUGGCGGUGAUUUGCCGCCCGAGAAUUCUACGACCGUGAAUAUGGAAGCAGCGGCGCCGCCGGAGAUGACGGUUGUGGCGGCGGGGACUGGCAGUUUCGGCGGCGGUGGUGGAGGAUGUUAUGGGGAGGGAAGUAGCUUUGAUGGGACGAGUUUGGGGAAGCACUUGCCGACGCCCAAGGAGAUUUGUAAGAGACUUGAUGAGUUUGUUAUUGGGCAGGAAAAAGCGAAAAAGGUGCUUUCUGUGGCAGUUUACAAUCACUACAAAAGGAUCCAUCAUACCUCUCUGCAGGACAGUGCCAAGGGGGAAUUUGAUGAUGGUGAUUUUGUUGAACUAGAGAAAAGCAAUGUAUUAUUGAUGGGCCCAACUGGUUCAGGGAAGACGUUACUUGCAAAAACACUAGCUCGCAUUGUAAAUGUGCCAUUCAUUGUUGCAGAUGCAACAUCAUUAACACAGGCAAGUUAUGUUGGAGAAGACGUGGAAUCAAUUUUGUAUAAGCUACUUACGGUUGCCGACUUCAAUGUGGAAGCAGCUCAGCAUGGGAUCGUGUACAUUGAUGAAGUUGAUAAGAUAACUAAAAAGGCUGAGAGCUUAAACAUUGGCAGAGAUGUUUCUGGAGAGGGUGUUCAGCAAGCGUUGCUGAAGAUGCUGGAAGGAACUAUAGUGAAUGUCCCUGAUAAAGGAGUUCGGAAGCAUAUCCGCGGUGAUAACAUACAGAUAGAUACAAAGGAUAUCCUUUUUAUAUGUGGCGGAGCAUUUGUUGAUUUGGAAAAGACCAUUUCAGAGAGACGACAAGAUUCUUCGAUUGGCUUUGGAGCUCCAGUUCGUGCAAACAUGAGAACUGGUGGACUAACUAAUGCUGUUGUAACAUCAUUAUUGUUGGAAUCUGUUGAAAGUGGCGAUCUUGUAGCUUAUGGCCUUAUUCCAGAAUUCAUUGGCAGAUUUCCAAUUUUAGUGAGUUUAUCGGCUCUAAAUGAGGACCAACUUGUUCAGGUCCUCAUGGAACCAAAGAAUGCCCUUGGUAAGCAGUAUAAAAAAAUGUUCAGCAUGAACAGUGUCAAAUUACAUUUCACAGAGAAUGCACUAAGAUUGAUUGCAAAGAAAGCAAUGGCAAAGAACACUGGUGCCCGUGGUUUAAGAGCCAUUUUGGAAAAUAUUCUUACAGAAGCCAUGUUUGAGAUUCCUGAUGUCAAGACAGGAGCGGAUAGAGUAGAUGCAGUUGUAGUUGAUGAAGAGGCUGUAGGAUCAGUGGAUGCACCCGGAUUUGGAGCAAAAAUAAUUCAUGGGGAUGGUACAUUUGAGCAGUUUCUUUACAAAAUAAAUUCUACUGAUCCCUCGGGAAAGCAAGAGAUAGCUGAUGUGGAGUCAACAGAGGGAGAAAUGGACUUUUCGUCGAGAGCCUUGAGCUUGUGACACUUCUGCUGUGUUGCUCGUGUUAAAUAUAUUCUAAAUAUGUGCAUACCAGAAUCAUUGUUGCAAGAUCUGGAGAUCAGUUCAUGUUGAUUAUUUACUAUGAGAGGGGGAGGGGACUGUUUUCAUUUUCUAUUCAAGUGCUAUUGUUAUGUAGUAGUUUCUUUCUUUCCCCUCCUGCAAGGAACUUGUUUUCCUUUGUAUACUAUUUUUUUCUCAGGUUCCUUUUGUAUCAAGAAUUUGCAGGGGUAAAAAAUCAAGUAGCAAAUUCAUUUUGUAUUGUA